ACAUGGAAGAGCUCUUGAGAGCGCUGGGGUGGCAAGGAGGGAUGCAGUUUUUGCAUAUGAGAACCUCCAAUCAUCUGCUUGGGAAGAUGGUACCGAAAAAGCCUCGCCCUUGUCUUUGAAAUCCCAGAAAAGAACUGAUGCUGAUGGAGACAAGAAAUAACAAAAAAUAUCUGGGGAGCUGGGAGAAAUUAACCUAACACUAGAAACAGCAGUCGCCUGUGUAUGCUGUGCAGGUUGUGGUGCAGACUUGUGUUCCUGCCCAGGGAGCAGCACUAAGCAGUGCUUGUAUUUAUUGUUCCUGAAAUUGGCAGCUGGUAAAGCCCUGAAAGCUUAGAGGGAGCCAUCGUUAAUUACUGACCUGCUACGGUAUUAUUCUUAAGCAUCCUGCCUGUCUGCCGUGUUUUCUUUUGUGAAAAUUAAACUUCAAGCAGUGCCCUCCCUCCCUGCUUCCCUCCUCCCCCCCAUGGAUUUAAUACAGUUCUUACAAGUUCCUCUAAGCAGCUGGGAACACAGCCCAGCCAAAACCAUCAUGAAAAGGACUUCAUUAAAACCAAAUGGCAGAUGACUUUAUUAUGGCACAUACAAGAUCAGUUCACUCUCAUAUUUCGAGAGAAACGCUGCUUUUUUGAAAGCCAUUUUGUGGCUGUUGCUGAAAAAGAGAACUGAAACAGGUUGUUUCUCAAAGCUCGGUCCUUUUAAAGCCAUCACACCUGCAGCCCCGCCGGGCUUCCCCUGGCCUGGACUGAGGGGCUGCUGCCCUUGUUUUGCUGUUAUUCUUCUUCUCCUUCAAAAUCCCUUUGCCUCAUUUCCUACCGAACUCCUUGGUCUCUUCAGCCUUAAUACCCCCUCAUUUUUUUCCCUCUAAGUCUUCUGGCUCAGUAUUCAACCCAGACUUGUGGUGUUGUCACAGCUUUCUGCAUUUGGACUACAAGCUCUUUGGGGUAGGACAGCAUAUCUUUCUACUGGGCUUAAAACAUGAAAUGGGAUUUCAAGGUCAUGAGGACCAGACAGUCACCACAUGACCCUCUGUGUGUUCCCCAAAUCAGUAUUUCACACCCACCUUCCCCAUCUACCAGGACAUCCUCCAUUCUUUUAUUCACUCCCCCUCGUUCUUCUGAGUUGGCCCCACAAGAAGACUUUGGGGCUGUGCCCGUGCUGCAUCCAAGGUCAUAGAAUGGCUUGGGUUGGAAGGGACCUCAAGGAUCAUCAAGCUCCAGCCCCCUGCUGUAGGCAGGGCUGCCAACCUCCAUAUAUAGUACUAGACCAGAUGGAUGGGACAAGCCUGGCAAGACAAAACUAGCUACAACUAGCUCAAGUAUGACCACCCACACAGCUGCGGGUAUCUCGUAUCAUCACAGCAUGUUCAUCUUCAGGCUACAAAUGCCCAGUGGUAAGGGAUAGGAAGCUAUAGUUUGGGGACCUGACAGGUGGUGGUAUCAUCUGGCAUCGCUUCCUGAGAUUUCCCAUAUCCCAGGAUGUGCUUCUUGCUUCUCGGCACGAUAAACGACAGCUGACUGACUCCAGUGGGUAAGUUCACCUCUGGUGUGUGUGCAGUGCUAUCACGCAGGCAUCACUCAAAGGCACAUGUGAGGGGUUUGGACAUUUGAGAAGGCAGAGCAGGCAGGUGGCUCCUGUGGUUGCCUCUUCUGGUGAUAAGAGCGGGAGCAAUCCUGCUUGCAAAGGAAGUUAACUAAUUUCUUUGCCUCGUGAUUAUAGAGGGAAGGAGGAGUAGGGAAGGAGUUUCGAUUUUACCCUAUUUGGUUCAUGUCCUAUGAACAGAAUCCCUUCUGAAAAAGACACCAGCAUUGAAGACAACUCAUGCGCAUUAGGAAGAAAGGAGGAGACUGUGAGCUGCCCAUGGCAGGGAGUAGGACUAGAUGGCCUUUCACAGAAUCACAGAAUGGCCCGGGUUGGAAGGGACCUCAAGGAUCACGAAGCUCCAACCCCCCUGCCACAUGCAGGGCCACCAACCUCCCCAUUUAAUACCAGACCAGGCUGCCCAGGGCCCCAUCCAAUCUGGCUUUGAACACCUCCAGGGACGGGGCAUCCACAGCCUCUCUGGGCAGCUGUUCCAGCACCUCACCACUCUCUCUGUAAAGAAUUUCCCCCUGACAUCCAACCUAAAUCUGCCCUCUCUCAACUUAAAACCAUUUCCCCUUGUCCUGCUAGGUCCGUUCCAACUCAAAAGGUUCUAUGAUUCUGUAGUAAGUCACACACGCAAUGACAUUGGUGUCGUACAGCAUCACCCAAGGUUUUUGCACUUAGCCAUUAGUGGUUGGCAAAUGUGUUAGCCUACAGCAGGACAAAGUGUGUCAGAGGAUAACCUGAAGAGGCAGUGAUGCAGUUGUUUACACAUUAAUUACUGCAGAGGUUUCUCUGUGUAGGCAGCACAGGGAAAGACUGCAGGGGACUGUCUCUCUCUCCCCCUUUGGAAUAUGUUAAUGUCACUCAAGAUCCAUAACACAGAGAGAACAUUGCACACAUUUGUACUUUAAUCUCAGAGCACUAUAUAAAGCAAUGGCGGUGACCUGCUUUUUCAGUCUGUAACUGGCUUUCUACAAAUGCUGCCAUAAAGCUUUAUUUUCUCCCUUGCAUACAUUUCUGUUUUUCAGAUUGUAAAAAGAGCAUUAAAAGCAUCCCCGAUGGUUAAUGAGUCCUCCAACGUGAAAUUAAGCGUGAACAAUCAAAAAGAUGUCAAAAUGGAUGAUCAAACCUUGCUAAGCAGGAGUAAUGUGGACCCCAAUCCUGCAGCCCUCAGAACUGUGAGCCUUGCUUGUGCAGAAAUAGCCUCACUUCCUUCAUUAGCACAGAUGCUAAAUGAGAGCCAAUUUCAAAUCUCUGGGGUAAUUUUGAUGCUUGGUUUUGUUGCCCUGAUGGCUGUUUACUUCAUGAGGGCAGACAGCACAGUUGAUCGUAAGGGAGAAGAAACAGUUGUCAGUGUUUACCAGGAGAUAAAGGAUGAAGAACUCUAUGAAGAUCUCCAGAGAACCACAGUAACUGAGGAGAACACAAAUAGAUCCAACGAUUCCUGCAGCUUUGAACUUGUGGAAAGCGUUCCUUAUGACUUAGCUUUUGAGAUAAAUAGCACUGCAGCCAAACCCUUGUACCGUGCCUGGAUGAACCUCCUUGAUAUAGCCCAGGAAGAAAUCCAUGUGGCUUCUUACUACUGGUCCCUUACUGGGAAAGACAUCAGCGUUAAUGACUCAUCUUCAAAGCAGGGUGAAGAAAUUCUGAAGAGAUUUGAGGAAUUACUUGCAGAGAAUGUCUCUCUGUACAUUGCAGCAAGUAUGCCAACUUUGGCUAUGAAUUCAACUGACCUUGAGCUUUUAGAGAGAAAAGGAGCUCAUAUAAAAAAAAUUGACUUUGGACGUUUGACAGGAGGAGUAUUGCACAGCAAGUUCUGGAUCAUAGACAUGAAACACACGUAUAUUGGUAGUGCAAAUAUGGACUGGAGGUCUUUAUCUCAGGUGAAAGAGUUUGGUGCUGUGAUAUACAACUGCAGCUGCUUAGCCAAAGACCUCUGGAAGACAUUUAAAACUUACUGGGAUCUUGGACAUGAUGGUGCUACCAUCCCAUCUCCUUGGCCUCAAAACUAUUCUACCCACAUUAACAACUCUCGGCCUCUGGAAGUAGAAUUUAAUGGAACCUUGACAAAAGUCUAUUUUUCUGCUUCUCCUCCUGCAUUUUGUCCAGAAGGUCGCACCCAUGACCUCUUUGCUAUUAUCAGUGUUAUCAGUGCAGCACAUAAAUUUGUCUACAUUUCUGUUAUGGAUUAUUUCCCUACCAGCCGUUUUGUUCACCCAGAAAGAUACUGGCCAGCCAUUGACAAUGCUCUGAGACGUGUGGCUUUCAACUACAGAGUACAAAUUCGGCUUCUGGUCAGCUGCUGGACCCACACCGACCCAUCCAUGCUCCACUACCUGAGGUCCCUGCGUGCUCUCAACAACCCUCACACUCACAUGAGUGUCAGCGUGAAACUCUUCAUUGUUCCGGUUUUGAAUCACACAAAUAUUCCUCAUGGGAGAGUGAAUCACAACAAAUUUAUGGUCACAGAUAAAGCAGCCUAUAUUGGGACUUCCAAUUGGUCAGAAGAUUACUUCACAAACACAGCCGGUGUGGGACUGAUUAUCAAGCAGAGCUCAACCAACCUGCAGAGAAGGCAACAGCCUGUCCAGGAACAAUUAAAAAGCAUUUUUGAGCGAGACUGGAAUUCCAAAUAUUCAGUGAAUGUGGAGGAUGUGCAAGGUCAGAAAGACUGCAACUGGAGAGACAGACUCUGAAGUGAACAGGAGAAUACAUUUUUUAGGAAGAAAUAUGUAUCUGGAUGUUGUUCCCUGUGCAAAAAGAGCAGCUUUCUGCUUUAUGGCUUUUAUCAGAGAAAUUUCUUCCUGGUGGUGUCCACACUGCCCGACAACGUGGGAACUUCUAGUAAUUGAGUUUCCCUUCCUACUCCUCACCCAGUGUGCGAUGCUUCCUUUGCUGUGUACCAUUAGCCCAUCUCAGAGUUAAUGAAAUGCAUACGGUGUUGUAGCACAGUCUGUCUUAUAUUAAAGAGAACAUAGAGGGUAUGAUCAGAUCUGAAUGCACUGGAGAAGUACAUCACUAUUGCUGUACUGUGCUUACUCAACCAUAAUGUUUCAUUAACAGUGUUUGCUUACGUGUGUUAAACAUUUUUCAAAUAAAGUCCUGGUCACUGUAAGAUUUGAGCAAUGCAA